CGGCUUCAGCACCUUUCUCUGUCCGUCGCUGCAGCCGCCUCCUCCUCCAGGCAAACAUGUCCCAGGUAAGGCAAGUGGGAUUGCUGGCUGCUGGAUGUCAGCCAUGGAACAAGGAUGUGUGUGCUGCCGGCGGAGACAGGUUUGCAUAUUGUGCGACUCUGGCUAUCUAUAUUUAUCAGUUGGAUCGCCGUUAUAAUGAAUUCAAACUUCAUGCAAUUAUGUCUGAACAUAAAAAAACAAUCACAGCAAUUUCUUGGUGUCCACAUAAUCCUGAUCUGUUUGCAAGUGGCAGUACUGAUAAUUUAGUGAUCAUUUGGAAUGUUGCAGAACAAAAAGUCAUUGCUAAACUCGACAGUACAAAAGGGAUCCCCGCCUCUCUUAGUUGGUGCUGGAAUGCAGAGGAUGCGGUGGCAUUUGUUUCCCACAGAGGCCCACUGUUCAUUUGGACCAUCUCAGGACCAGAUAGUGGAGUGACUGUACACAAAGAUGCUCAUAGCUUCUUGUCUGAUAUCUGUAUAUUCAGAUGGCAUACAAACAAAAAGGGGAAAGUUGUGUUUGGUCAUAUUGAUGGAAGUCUAUCAAUUUUUCAUCCAGGUAAUAAAAAUCAGAAACAUGUUCUGAGACCUGAAUCCCUUGAAGGGACAGAUGAAGAGGAUCCCGUUACAGCCUUGGAGUGGGACCCACUGUCUACCGACUAUCUUCUAGUGGUUAAUUUGCAUUCUGGAAUUCGCCUCGUAGAUUCUGAAUCACUUUCUUGCAUAACAACAUUUAAUCUUCCCAGUGCAGCGGCUUCUGUGCAGUGCUUAGCCUGGGUUCCCAGUGCUCCAGGGAUGUUUAUAACUGGAGAAGGUGCCUGCUUCUCCUUUGCCUUCCACCAUGAUUGUAAGUUUCCUGAGGCCUCCCCAGCCAUGCAGAACUAUUCUCAAGUGGGUGUUUUACGCAUUUGGAAUGUUUCAAGAACAACACCUAUUGAUAACCUUAAAUUAAAGAAAACAGGAUUUCACUGCUUACAUGUACUUAAUUCUCCUCCAAGAAAAAGGCUUUCAGUCCAAUCUCCAACCAAAAACCAUUGUACAUCCUCAACAAGUGAAGCAGUUCCACCCCCAACUUUGACACAGAAUCAAGCGUUUUCUCUUCCUCCUGGUCAUGCAGUGUGUUGUUUCUUGGAUGGUGGAGUUGGACUUUAUGAUAUGGGAGCUAAGAAGUGGGAUUUUCUUAGAGACUUGGGACAUGUGGAAACUAUCUUUGACUGCAAAUUCAAGCCUGAUGAUCCUAAUCUUUUAGCAACAGCUUCAUUUGAUGGCACUAUAAAAGUCUGGGAUAUAAAUACAUUAACAGCAGUGUACACAUCCCCGGGUAAUGAAGGUGUUAUUUAUUCCCUUUCUUGGGCUCCAGGUGGUUUAAAUUGUAUUGCUGGGGGAACUUCCCGAAAUGGUGCUUUUAUUUGGAAUGUUCAAAAGGGCAAAAUUAUACAACGAUUUAAUGAGCAUGGAACAAAUGGAAUAUUCUGUAUUGCCUGGAGUCAUAAAGAUUCUAAAAGAAUAGCAACCUGCAGCAGUGAUGAUUUCUGUAUUAUUCGAACAAUUGAUGGUAAAGUGCUACACAAAUAUAAACAUCCGGCUGCGGUGUUUGGUUGUGAUUGGAGCCAAAACAAUAAAGACAUGAUAGCCACUGGCUGUGAAGACACAAAUGUUCGUGUUUAUUACGUAGCCACCAGCUCAGAUCAACCAUUGAAAGUAUUUAGUGGGCAUACAGCAAAAGUGUUUCAUGUUAAAUGGUCUCCUCUGAGAGAGGGAAUUCUUUGCAGUGGUUCUGAUGAUGGUACUGUUCGCAUCUGGGAUUAUACUCAAGAUGCUUGCAUCAGUAUUCUUAGUGGACACACUGCACCUGUGAGGGGAUUAUUGUGGAAUACUGAGAUUCCAUAUCUGCUCAUAUCUGGCAGCUGGGACUAUACUAUAAAAGUAUGGGACACUCGAGAAGGAACUUGUGUGGAUACUGUGUAUGAUCACGGUGCAGAUGUAUAUGGUUUAACCUGCCAUCCCAGUCGCCCCUUCACCAUGGCCUCUUGCUCCCGUGACUCUACAGUGAGACUCUGGUCAUUAACAGCCUUAAUCACUCCUGUACAAAUAAAUAUUCUGGCAGACAGAUCUUGGGAAGAAAUUAUUGGGAACACUGAUUAUGCUGUAGAACCAGGCACUCCUCCUCUACUGUGUGGUAAAGUGUCAAGAGAUAUUAGACAAGAAAUAGAAAAACUAACUGCUAAUUCUCGAGUGAAAAAACUAAGAUGGUUUUCAGAAUGUUUAUCCCCUCCAGGUGGCAGUGACAAUUUAUGGAACUUGGUUGCUGUGAUAAAAGGACAGGAUGAUAGCUUACUUCCUCAGAACUACGGCAAAGGAAUAAUGCACUUGAAACAUCUGAUUAAAUUUAGAACAUCUGAAGCUCAAGAACUAACAACAGUCAAGAUGUCUAAAUUUGGUGGUGGUAUUGGUGUACCUACUAAAGAAGAAAGACUGAAGGAAGCUGCUGAAAUCCACUUGAGAUUAGGACAAAUUCAGAGAUACUGUGAACUUAUGGUUGAACUUGGAGAGUGGGACAAAGCCCUGUCAAUUGCACCAGGGGUCUCUGUGAAAUACUGGAAGAAGUUAAUGCAGAGGAGAGCUGACCAAUUAAUCCAGGAAGAUAAGGAUGAUGUCAUUCCAUACUGCAUAGCCAUUGGUGAUGUGAAAAAGCUGGUCCAUUUUUUCAUGUCAAGAGGUCGGCUUAAAGAAGCUCUGCUUGUUGCACAGGCUGCUUGUGAAGGAAAUAUGCAGCCCUUACAUGUUUCUGUGCCUAAAGGAGCUUCAUAUUCUGAUGAUAUCUACAAGGAAGACUUCAAUGAACUCCUGCACAAAGUCAGUAAAGAACUGGCAGAAUGGUAUUUUCAGGAUGGUCGAGCAGUACUAGCCGCAUGUUGCCAUCUUGCUGUAGAUAAUAUUGAGCUUGCUAUGGCAUACCUGAUUCGCGGAAAUGAACUGGAGCUGGCAGUCUGUGUGGGCACAGUACUCGGAGACUCUGCAGCACCAGCAACCCACUAUGCCCUAGAAUUACUGGCGAGAAAGUGCAUGAUGACUUCAAUAUGCUUUCCAUCUGUUGGAUACAGGAAUUUGGCAGCCGAUCUUCUCCUGAUGAUUCCUGAUAAUGAACUACAUUUAAUAAAACUCUGUGCUUUCUACCCAGGAUGUACUGAAGAGAUAAAUGACCUCCAUGAUAAGUGUAAGCUACCCACGGUGGAAGAAUGUAUGCAGUUAGCUGAGACAGCCCAUGCAGAUGACAAUAUAUUUGAAACUGUAAAAUAUUACUUGUUAAGUCAAGAACCUGAAAAAGCCCUUCCUAUUGGUAUUAGCUUUGUUAAAGAAUACAUCAGUAGUUCGGAUUGGACUUUGGAUACCAUAUACCCUGUUCUUGACAUAUUGAGCUAUAUUCGUACUGAAAAAUUGCUCUUGCAUACAUGUACUGAAGCUCGAAAUGAGUUGCUAAUAUUAUGUGGUUACACUGGUGCAUUAUUGGCUAUCAGAAGACAGUACCAAAGCAUUGUUCCAGCACUUUAUGAGUACACAAGUCAGCUAUUAAAACGUCGGGAGGUGUCAGUACCUUUAAAAAUUGAAUAUCUUUCUGAGGAACUGGAUGCAUGGAGAGCUUGCACACAGUCCACCAGCAGAUCAUUAGAAGGCUCUCCGUAUACACCCCCUUCUGAUUCACAAAGAAUGGUUUAUGCAACUUUAUUAAAGAGACUAAAAGAAGAGUCACUGAAAGGAAUUAUUGGACCAGAUUAUGUGACUGGAUCAAAUCUUCCAAGUCAUUCCGAUAUUCACAUUUCUUGUCUUACGGGAUUAAAAAUCCAGGGCCCUGUGUUUUUCCUUGAAGACGGGAAAUCUGCUAUCUCCUUGAAUGACGCUUUGAUGUGGGCAAAGGUGAAUCCAUUCUCACCUUUAGGGACUGGAAUACGACUCAAUCCAUUCUGA